CGUAAGUGACCAUGACUUUUUUUAGUCACGUACAGUCAUGUAGACUAGACACACGGAUAAGUUACCAACAGCCAUUAAACCUGAAAGAAGAAGAAGAAGAAGCAGAAAACACGGAUGAUCAUGAAAUGUAGGAGUAAUUUAGAGAAAAAUAAUUUCGUUAAGCGGUCCAUCUUCUGUUUACGUUGUUUUCAGCACAGUCAGGUUGAGAGGGAACAAUGGUGAAGUAUUUCAGCUGCGCAGGCUCUCUGAAGAGCUCAUGGGACCAAGUGUUUUUAGCAUUCUGGCAGAGAUACCCCAACCCCUACAGUAAUCACGUUUUAACUGAAGACAUCAUAUUUCGGGAAGUCACUCCAGACAACUGUCUGAUCUCCAGACGUCUUCUGACGAAAACCAGCAGAGCUCCUCGCUGGGCGGAGAAGUUCCUGCCUGCUCACAUGGCACAGAAGGCUUACAUCAUUGAGGACUCUGUAGUGGAUCCUGAGGGCAGGACCAUGACCUCUCUCACCUGGAACAUCAGCCAUGCUCGUGUGAUGAGUUGUGAAGAGCGCUGUGUGUACAGAGUGAACCCCGACAACAACAGCUGGACCGAGAUCAAGAGAGAGGCCUGGAUUUCCUCCAAACUGUACGGCCUCUCUAGAGCGAUUCAGGAAUUUGGUCUUGCCCGGUUUAAGAGCAACGUUACAAAGACCAUGAAAGGUUUUGAGUACGUCCUGGCCAAGAUGCAAGGUGAACUGCCCACACGGACGCUGGCAGAAACCGCUACUGUGAAGGCACGUGAGACCGCCCUCGCUGCCAAAGAGAAGGCUAAAGAUUUAGCCUCACAAGCUCAAAAGAAGCAGUAUGUAUGAUGAGGACACACGUCUGGAGGUGACGCGGUGUCCGGACUCUCCCAGCACUUCUGAAAAGGGCCGUGCUCUUCCAUCACACUGGGCACACGUGUGGAUGUGAGAUGCAUUUAGCCAGGAACUGAGAUUACUAAAUCAUGCCUGUCUGGAUUCUCAGAAUGCGUUUCGUAAAACCCAUGAGCUCUUCGACUGACAUUCUCCAGUAAACCUGAUUUAAUGCAGCAGCAUCCUCCUGAUUAUACAUGAGAUGUUUGCAUUUUUUUGAUUGCUAAAUUAUUAUCUUAAUUUAUCUGAUUUUGUUGAUGUAUUUCAAACAUAGGCUCUCUAGAUCUUCACAUUCACACUUGCUCAGGUCUGCCUUGUUUGGCAAUGUGAUUAGUUUCUUCAAAUUGAAGUUCUGUCUGCAUUGAUGGGUCCACGGUUCCAGCAGUCAUUGCCGGCGUGAUAUCUAGAUUUCUGCAGAAGCGUCUGAUCUUUGGCACGUGAGAGCAAAGUAUUGCACCGGAUCGAUGGCAAUGUCUGAUUACAAGUGUGAAAGUUGUCAAAACAUGUUAGAUGUUGGGAGUCUGAGAGAAGAAACGCAUUUGUUUAGUGAAACCGUAAGAUAGCUUCCAUAAUGUUUUAUAGCUCAUUUGUGAUCAAGAGGUGUUACCAAUAAAUAUUUCUAUCUGA